AAGCAGAAACCUAAAGUAAAAUAUAAAACUGUAAUUUGACUAAACCUAGUAUACUCUCUCUCUUCUUCUUCUCUGCCUCUCGAACCAGUAGUGAACAACAAUGUCGAUCCCUUGUCUCGCAGAAGAAACCGCCAAAACUGUUCUCCGUCAGGUGGAGUUCUACUUCAGUGAUAGUAACCUCCCCAUUGAUGAUUUCUUGAAGAAGACGGUUACACAGAGUGAAGAUGGAUUGGUUAGUUUGGCGUUGAUAUGUUCAUUCAGUAAAAUGAGAGGAUACUUGAAGUUGGGUGAUUCCAAAGGAGAUGAGAUUCCUGAAGAUACCAUCAAAGCUGUUGCUGAUACCCUUCGUACCUCUAAGGCUCUCAAGGUUUCAGAAGAUGGGCAAAAGGUUGGUAGGAGUACAGAGUUGUUGAAGCUAGAAGAUUUGAUUGAACAGCUUAAUGCUAGGACUGUUGCUGCUUCACCAUUCUCCUUUGAUCUCAAAAGGGAUGAUGUGGAAGCCUUUUUCAGUCAGUAUGGAAAGGUUAAUAGUGUGAGGUUGCCUCGCCAUGUUGCAGAGGCGAGAGUGUUUUGUGGCGUUGCCUUGGUAGAGUUCCCUACAGAAGAGGAAGCUCAGAAUGUUAUGAAGCAACAGUUGGUCUUUGCUGGCCAUGAGUUGGAGAUGAAACCAAAGAAAGAGUUUGAUGAUGAAAGGAAGAAAGAUGAAGAGAAGUUUGCUGACUACCGUCCUCAAAAGGGUUCUUCAAAUCAGAAGAACGGCUCUGAUCAUAAGAGCGGUUCUGACCAUGAGGCAAACUAUCCCAAGGGUUUGAUCAUUUCAUUCACUCUAAAGCGCUCGGCUGAAGAAGGUACCACAGAAGAGAAGAGUUCUGAAGAGCCAACUGCUAAGACAGUGGAUGAAAAUGACUCAACAACGGACAAAGAGAACACUGAUCAGGUUCAGGGCCAAGGAGCCGAGGGUGAAGAUGAAGAGGAAUCUUCAGAGACUAAAAAUGGGGAGAGAGAAGAAAAAGGUGCUUUAGCAACCCAUAAAGAUAAUAAAGAUGUAGUCUUGCGUGAAGAUCUCAAGGCCGUUUUUGGUAAAUUCGGUGAUGUCAAGUUUGUGGAUUUCAAAAUGGGAGCAGAGACGGGUUACCUUAGGUUUGAUGAACCAGAAGCAUCCCAGAAAGCACGUGCAGCAGCAGUAUUAGCUAAAGAAGGUGGACUAGCCGUGAAGAAUUUCGUAGCUGUCCUAGAACCUCUUGCCGGGGAAGCUGAAAAGGAAUACUGGGGUCUCCUUCGCAGCAAAGACAAGGGUGGCCGUGGAGGAAGAGGAGGAAAACGAGGAGGAGGGAGAUUCGGAAGAAAGAGGGGAUCUGAUUCGCCUGGUGGUCGCUGGAACAAAGCUCAGAAGGUGGAAGCAUGAUGAUGACACUCUUUUCUAGUCUCGCUUUAUAAGCUAGUGAUGUGAUGACUUGCUUCUCUGCUUUGUGGUUGCCACUUUUAUCUACUUGGCAGUCAGAAACCUUUAUUAUCUACUUGUGACUUGUUGGCGAUAUGCUAUGAGACUAGAAAUCAGCGAAGCAAAUUUUGUAGUAUUUUUUUUUUGGGCAAAUUUUGCAUAAAGAUCCUAGCUGGCUGGUUUCGUUUUUAUAUUUUUGGAAAGAAUCAUUUUUAGCUCUGUUAAUUUUGCUUUUUUCUGUUUA